AUGGCAUUCUUGUUGAACAAAUCAACCCUAGCUUCUCAUUUUCGAUCCACAUCUCAGAACACUGAAUCGCGCCGUCAGUUCCAUGUUGAACCCGGGACUCGUGAAAAAGCGCUCUUGGCAGAAGAUUCGGCUCUCAAGCCAUUCAAAUCAUAUAAGCAGAGUGUAAAAAGGCUCAGGAAAAUUGGGGAUGUUUUAACUAUUGUUGUUGUUGCAGGAUGCUGUUAUGAAAUAUAUGUCAAGGCAGCUACAAGAGAAGAGGCCCGCAAACAAUAA